UUGAAUUAUUCGAUAGAGUAACCCAUUAUUAAAAAUGAUUUCUGUGAUUUUGGUCUAUUUCAUUCUAACAAAUAUAAUAGCAGCUAAAACUCCUGUUCAUCUUGUUUUUAACGGCAAUGCAACCAUGUAUAAUUAUGUUGCUGAAAUAAAAACAGGACUGGAAAAACCAGUGCCACACGUUUCCAGUUUCAAAAUCUAUGCACACUUAUAUAUUCAAGAGGAUACCAGUAACUUAAGUGUUAACAAGGCUUAUUUAAUAUGGUUAUCAAAUGUUAAAUAUGAGGUAUACAAUGGCCCUGAUGUAGUGGAAAAAGAUACCAAAGAACAUUUUCUACCUGAUGAAUCGUUGAUAAUUCAGUAUGCAUUUAUGGCUUUUUACGAUGGCAAUAAUUUGCCUACUUUACAUGGAAAUUGUCAAAUUUCAUAUGAUGUACAUACAAAUAAUUUUGAACCAUUUUUUAAAUCAAAUGCUAUUGUUGUGACAAAGAUUUAUGAGCCCAUAAAAUGUGAUAAAUUUGUUCAAAACACUUAUAGUCAUACGGAAAGUUUUGGAUGUUAUAUUGAACGAGAGGAAGAUUUAAUUACAUCUGUUCGAAAGGAACUUUAUUUUGAUAAAAAUGGAUCAUCUUUAUUUUUUAAUAAACUGGUUGCACAAGAGAUAUUUUAUUAUUUUCCUUGGAUGCAUAAGUCAGAAAUUUAUUAUUUACAAAUUGAACAAACAUUGCAGUUUGAAAAAUAUUUUCAAGAAAAAGUAAUAUUUGAUGAUGUAGACUUUCAGUGGAAUUCAAUAACUAGCGAUGUUUCAUACAAAAUACCAUCAGAUAAUGAAAUUGUAAAUAAAAUGAAUAAUAUCACACAGAAUACAGAGAGAAUGGACCAAACUAAGCUUGUGCUUAAAAUUAAGAAUCUAAUCUUCCAAAUUACAGACUACAUUGAAGAAAAUCACUUGGAUAUAAAUCAACUAGAUAUAAAUGAAAUCCAUAUAAUUAAUAAUUUACUUAAAUCAGUAUCUAAUUUAAAUGUAACUUGCAUGGAACAUGUGUAUAAGAGCUUUGACGAUUCUAAUACAACCAAAGGGGCAACUGCAAGUUUAUCAAUUAUUAAGUAUUACAUAUUUUAUUUUCAUUUUAUAAAUGGCACCAGGAAAAUCUUUCUAGAGAUAAUAUCGCAUAUUGGAACCAUGGAUUCCUGUUUGUUCAUUCGUAAUAUCAUCACUCGAAAAAAAUUCAAGGUACCAGACAACGUUGCUAUUAUGAUGUUAGUGAAAUUGCCCUCAUACGUAAAAAAUUCAACAGAAGAAUUACUUAUUCAAAUGGAGGAAUUGCUUCAGAUGAAAAACGUUACGGAUAAAUAUGUUAUUAAUUCUGUACUAAUCAAGCAAGCGGCUAUACUAAGUUUUUCUUCAUUGAUCUACAAGACGUACAUACUCAAAAAUGAAUAUGAUUCACCACUCUUGGAGAUGUAUCUUCAGUAUAUAAAUUCAUGCAUAUUAGAUCACACGAAUUUUGAGAUGAAACUAGUGCACAUAAUGGCGCUACGAAACAUUCAAAUUGGCGAUAUUAAGAGAUUUCUCAUCCCUAUAAUUAGUGAUGAACUUGUAAUUCAUGAGAGGCAAGAGCAUAUGCGAUUGGCCGCUUCAUUUGCUAUAGCGCAAGCCAUCAAUAAUGAUAAAGAACUCGUGCAUAAGCUAUUUUGGCCGAUAUUAUCAAAUUCAGCAAAUUCCCUACAACUGCGAAUCGUAGCCUAUGAUAUGAUAAUGAGUCAACUUUUAGAUUUGAAAUGUGCCAUGAAUGUACAUUGGUUUAUGACUAACGAGCAAAAUAAGCAUCUCUACAACUAUCACUAUACAACAAUUAGAAGUCUUGCACAUUUGAAUGAUCCAUGCUUGCGGCCUGUCAUGGAAUUAGCUAGAAAAAUUUGGCGUCUGACCAAGAAAAGAAAUAAUGGAGAUAAUUUGUCGGGUAGUUAUGUUAUCGGAUAUAUUGAUUCAAAAUAUGGUUAUGGCGAAUCUAUUAAAGUUGCUUUAAAUUUUGAUGACAUAACUGAAUUACCAAAUAUGGGCAUUUUCGAAUACACUUAUUCUUUUGGAAGAAAAUCCAAUCCUGUCUGGGGUAAGAAAAUAAUAAUUUCCGAUGAAUUAAUUAAAAAUAUGAUGCUAAAAAUUAAUGAACAACAAUAUUCAAUGUUACGAGAAGGAUACUUGGAAGCAUGUUUUAUAUAUCAUGGAAGAAUUGUACAAGUUAUUUCAAUCGAUAAAUUAAAUUUAAAUAUAGAAUCUUUAUACAGUACAGUGAAUAUAUUCUUACGUAAUCUAGAUAUUGAAAAACAAAAGUUUAAAAUUAAUUGGCAAGAUUUAUCUUAUAGACAUUUUUAUGAAAUGAGCGUUUCAACCGAUAUUGGUAUUCCUGUUACAUUUUACAAUCGAAUGCCAUUUGUCUUUUCCACUCAUAUCGAAAUAACUGAAUAUUCACUAUCAAAUGAAAUGUUGCAUGUCAAACUAAAAUCCGAUACUCGUGCUUUAAUGCGUGGAUCAUACGAUAUGGUGGCAUAUAACCCAAUAAGUAAUAUUUCCCAUUCAAUUCAAAAAGCUGCGAUAAUUGAUAUUAUUUAUCCACAAGAAGCAAACAUUUCUUAUGAUUUCCAAGGACAGAAUUUAAAAUUACAUUUAUUUACAUUGGAUUCUUCUAAAAAUAAAGGCAUUCGCAUUUAUACAAAUAAUUUUGUUACAAUAUUUGAUGACGAAAAUAAUGUUUUAAAAAAUCAUUGCCCCUCGUGCAUACAUUACAAGCCAGUUAAUCAAAGUUUUAAUUAUGCAACAACAUAUCGAUAUGUAUUUGAUUUUAAAACUAUUGGAUUGAAGUAUUCACAAACUCUGUUCAAGUGUGGAAACGACAAUGAUUUACUUAUCGCGCAACAAUCGCUUACAACUUUUAGAUCUGAGGAUUCGGAGGUUGGAUAUGAUCCAAUUUUCAAAUUAUUCAUAUCAUUAUCGCAUAAAGUAUUCAAUGAAAUAGUAACUCCAAAUACAGGAUAUUGUGGAAAUUUAAUUUUAAUAAAUGACGAUAGUGAUAUUUCAAACGUUGAAAUUAAUUUCAAUUGGAGAUCAGAAUCAAUAAGAAAGAAGACCAAUUCAAUAUUUCUCUAUGACGCUAAAAAUCUUUAUCUGUAUUCUAGUAUAAAUACUUUAUCGGCAUUAAAUAAAUCAUCAAUUUAUUUUUCGUCUUUAAAUUUAACGUCUUAUCCUGAAAUAGGCAUUGAAUUUCAUUUUAUUCGAAAGAAACCCGGAGAAAACAAUCUUGUGGGUUGUAUGCAGCUAGAUAAAUCAAAUUUAUUGGCAAAUUCAUUGACCAACAGAAAUUUUACUUUUCAUUUAAGUCAUUCGAAAAUAGACCGGUGUAAUACUGGAGACACUUUCAUUAAUGGCACUUUUAGUAGCAAAGUUAUACAAGAAUAUAAAACAUUGAGACAAGAAAUCAGAAGAAACUGUUCGAAGGAAUAUAAGCAACGUUCUAUUAAAAAAUAUUUGAAUAACACAACAAUUGCAACAAAAAAUUGUUUAUUUCAAGCAAUACAAAACAAAAGUUUCAUCAAAUACGAUAUUAAAAUCUCAUAUAAUGAGUGUAAUAUUUCUGCUAAUAUGAUUAUUACGGACAGCAGUGAAAACUCCACAAAAUUAUUAGAUUGGACUAUUAUAACGGGCGAUUAUGUGCAUUUCACUUACAUUAUACUAGCCAAAAUAGUUGAAAAUAAUAACAUAGCUAUAAAACUAUAUCAUGGAUCAUACUUAUUGGAAAUUAUUCCAAUGGACACCGCUUUGAAAGUAUUGUUUGAUGGUAUUUCAAUAACUGAUUAUUUCAAGGAAAUUGUUUUACCUUCGAUGAAGGAAUCAUUUUAUGAUAACCUAAUAAGUUUAUACAUGAAAGGUUCACGUUUAGAAUUACAAUUACAUCAUAUUCCACUUACAAUUUAUUAUACCAAAAGUAGUUUAAGAAUCAUAAUGAAAGAUACUUUACAAAGUAGUAGUGAUGGUUUAUGUAAUCAAUUUACAUUGUGA